AUGCCAGAGAAAGAUCCAUUAGAAAGUUUUUACAGACAAUUCCAAGUAUUUGUACAAAAUAACCCAAAUGUCAUCUCUGCAGCCAGAGCAGCUUCACAAAUUCCGGAAUCCGCAAAAGCGGUUGUUGUUCUUUCUCCCUACUCGCUGAGACAUACGUUUCCUCGAGAUUGGGUCAGCAAGUCCUAUCGAAAGACUAUCGUUGAGCGACCAGAAAGGUUGCUUGCAGGCUCAAUGGGUAUAUCGGCCGCCGUGACGAUGUAUCCUGCCUUGUUCACUCUGAAAUCAUCCCACGAAAGAAAGGGGUCUUUGUUGUCUGCUCAUGUAUUGAAAAUUCAUGGUAAAGAUUGGCCACCAACACUUUUGCAUCUUUGUAAGGAAGCGGAUCGUAAACUGGCAAAGCAAGCGAUAGAAGUUCCUGAUAGUUGGAAUUCUGGCGAUAAUUAUUUAAGCUCAAAAACAAUUGAAGCUCUGGAGGGAUCAAUUGGUGCGUUAGAAACAGGUGUUGAUUCUAUUUUUAGCGGCCCAUCACCAGAACAUAUAAGUAACAGAGCUUUUGUUGCUAUAAGGCCACCCGGGCAUCAUUGCCAUGUUGCUACACCGUCUGGUUUCUGUCUUUUGAAUAAUGCCCACGUUUCGAUUGAGUAUGCCGCCGAUAGAUACGGAGUUACCCAUGCUGUUAUUUUGGACUUCGAUUUACAUCAUGGUGAUGGUACUCAGGACAUUUGUUGGAAACGUGCCGGGUUCAGACCUGAAGAAGAAGAAAAAGAUUCUGAUGGUUAUGAUGAAUUUGGUAAGAAAUUUUCAGAAUUUCCACAGGUUGGUUAUUUCUCAAUGCAUGAUAUAAAUUCCUUUCCAACAGAGUCUGGUUACGCAACCAAAGAUAAUAUUAAAAAUGCAUCAACUUGUAUAAUGAAUGCUCAUGACGUCAACAUUUGGAAUAUACAUCUUUCGGAAUGGAAAACAGAAGAAGAAUUUAAUAAGCUGUAUCAGUCAAAGUAUCGAACUUUAUUUGCUAAGGCUGACGAUUUUUUCAGAUCAGCAAAACUACAAAUGGAGGAGCUAGGCAAGCCCUAUAAGGCACUUGUGGUUAUAAGCGCAGGAUUUGAUGCCUCAGAAUUUGAACAAACAACUAUGCAAAGACAUGGAGUUAACGUUCCUACAAACUUUUACACAAUGUUUACAAAAGACGCUUUGAAACUAGCGCAAAUGCAUUCGGAUGGUAAAGUACUCUCUGUGCUAGAAGGCGGAUAUUCUGAUAAGGCGAUAACCUCAGGAACAUUUGCGCACUUGAUAGGCUUGCAAAAUCAGAAUUGGAUUAAAGAGUGGGGUUCGGAGCAGGUCGUAAAAGAAAUCGUUAGAGGUUGUAAAUCAAAUUGGAAGCCAUACAAGAGUAAAAAAUCGAAAGAUGUUAUAAGAAUAUGGGCUGAAGAGGUCAUCAAACUGGGGCGAGCAAUGAUACCUGAAUUUGAAGAGUAUUUAUUCAACGCCUCUUUAACAAACAUGAACAGUGUAGAGGAAUCCAAAACCACUUCACUGGUUACCCAGAGGUUGACAAGAGCUCAAGCACAACAACUGGAGGAGCAGGAACGAAAGCACCAGCAGAAGCAGGAGGCGUCGCAAGAAACUAAAACAGAAAGACGCACCGCAACUACUGAAAAACCUUCUGAACAAGUUCCAUUUGCCAAGCAAGAGCUACUUAGCGAGGACGAGAACGAGAACGAGGAUGAGGACUACGUUUACGACGAAGAGCUCAAUAAAACUUUCAAUCGAACCGUUGAAGACAUCACCAUCGAUGAUAUUUCUCGACAUCUUGAAACCCUCGAGAUCAUUGAAGCGAGGGAACCUGGUACUCGUGGCCAGUCGGCGAAUGUGCUAACGUCAACCAAUUCAAAGCAGUCUCGUGAUAAAGCAAGUGCUCAAUACAAGGUCCCGACGGGCACUACCACCAAACAUUUAAGAAAUUCUUACCGCAACUCUAAUAUACUAGAACAGAAUGAAGUCAACAAUCAAAAACAUGGGUACGGCAGCGCUCGCGACCAACCGCACGAUUCGGCGGCAGAUCAAGAGCAUGAUGAAACAGACAUAUCAAUGGUGUCCCAUGUAUCCACCAGAAAACAUACUACGAGAAGCGGAUCAAGGUGGUAA